AUGUCGCUGCAGUUCUCCAGCAUCUCUGAAAUCACGCACGCUCGGGAUUUCCUCGACAUCGUGGGGAUCGAAGAGCCUCAGAAUCUUCUGUGUCCUUUGGAGCCGUGUGCGAUGCCGUCGAUGCGGAUGCGGAUCUCAUCUUGCUCGGUUGCAGUCGAGGUCCUGCUCGGGUCGGGUCUGAGGGACCGCACGGGAUGCACGGAGCACGGUGCGCGGUGGAUCUGCGGGUACGAGUCGGUGCCAGAACUAGACCCGAUGACACCUCGUGUGUCUACUGCCGAAGGGGGCAGGAACCAUGGGAAGAGCCAUGUGACUCGUUCAGUUUGUUUGUUUAUGGGUCAAGGGAAAGGAGGGCAGGCUUUGAUCAACGGGAACAGCCUCGAAGAUGACAGUGACAGGGCCGUCGAAAACCCCGACGAAGGCCUAACGUUUGGCCGAAGUGCAGUCCCAAAUGUUGAGAACAAGCCAUUGACAAAAUUGUACAAAAGGAGGUGGUAUUUACUCCUUCUUUAUGCAAUCUACAGUUGCUGGCAGGCAGGAGUGUACAAUACAUGGGGUCCAUUGGAAGAUUCAGUGAAGGCAGCAUACCCAAAUACAUGGAGAGACAGCACUGUUGCACUACAAGUAGACUGGGGAGUCAUCACUUACAUCAUUGGAUUUGUUCCCAUCUGCUGGCUUGCCAUUUCCUACGGUGUGGUCGUAAACCUGAAUCAACUGGGGAUAGCAUUAUCCUUCUUCUGGGGUAACUGGUUAGUACCUGUGCGAAAGAAUCAUCAUUUCUCAUCAAAAUUUAUUAACUUGUGGAUGAAGGAAGAUGAAGCAGUUUCUUCAGCCAUUGUGCCUUCUGACCCAGAUCUCCACGAGCGUGAUGUCAUCCAGCAUUUCAUGUUGUUACGGAUGCUGUUUGGGAGUGUGAUACUGGCUACUUCACUGAAUUAUGCAGCCUAUCCACUCACAUUGGAGUUGGCAGCAGAAGUACUGUAUCCUUCAGAUGAAAAUGCAGUUGGUGGGUGGCUGACAGCAGCUUUAAACUUAUUUGGUUUUCUGUUCUUCACAGCAUUCUUCAUUCCAAAAAUUGGUGUUUUGUGGAUCAACUACACCCAGCUGGGAACUCUUCUCAUCUCCUUGCCACUACUCUAUUAUUUCAAAGCAGAUCUGCGAAGAUCACAAGAAGAUGAGUCACUCCAAUCACAGUCUGUGACCAGAGCAGCCAGUUGACAUCUGCUUGAUAUAUGCCCAGUCAUGAUGAUUUAUACCCAGUGAUGUUUUAUAUUGCAGCAUUUCCAGGAUGAUCUCCAUGACAUUAAUAAAAGCAAAAAUAUUAUUUUUGAUUCUGCUCCAAAUUUUGAAAUAUGCCAAAACGUCAAUGAGACC